AUGGCGAUCUUCCUCUUCGUUGUCGCUAUUUUGUCGUUGGCUCGAGUCGUGGUGUCGGUGGUGAUGUUACGCCUAAGCCCAAUUGCUGAGCCGGCUGUUGAUGCUGCUGGAGAACCAUUGACCCGAGCUGAACCGGGAAGCCUUGUACUGCCAAUCCUGCUGCCCGACGGUGGCCGCUGCAGUGGCGGCGGCGCCGGUUCCGGUGACGGGGAGCAUCCAAAAGGCGUUCCCGACGUUCGUGGCGGCUGGGGCCACAGCCCACAUGGUCUGAGCCGGGAUGAAGCUCGACGGCUGGGCCAGGUCGGGUUUUCCGUCGGGGCCCGGUUUGGGCGACGUGGCGCCGGUGGCGUCCUCCCGGAAGCGCUUCUUCAUGUAGGCGCCGGAGGGGGAGCCGUCUUCCGGAUGGAGCCCAUGAAUGGGCCGGACCCGGGGCCCGGGUCGGGUUGA